AUGAAUGGAGGAGCCAAGACUUUGAUUGCAGUGCCUGAUGAAAAUGCGCCUAUCUCCCUCACAAGCGUACUGGCUAAACUUAUGGAGAGAAUGGUUAGCAAGAGGCUCACCUGGUUCCUUGAGACCAACGAUAUUCUUAUGAGUGAACAAGCCAGUUUUAUGCCACAAAGAUCAACGAACCAACAAGUAUCCACUUUCUCCCAACACAUCGAAGAUGCCCUUGAUGCAAGAAAUACCCUUACGGCUGGUGUCGCCGAUUUCAAAUCAGCAUAUGACUUAGUAUGGAAAGAGAAGCUAAUACUAAAAUUGGCAAAGAUUGUGGACAAUAAUGAUGAGGCUUCCGUCUCUAUUCUUUUUUCACAUAAUUGCAAUUUAGAAAAUUAUGACAACGAUGGUCUAACUCCUCUUACGUUGGCUGUAGAGAAAAAUAACAUCCAAAUGGUUCACUAUUUUGUUGCACAUGGAUCAGUGGUUUAUAAGUAUGUGGAGCUUCCUGAACUCCCACCUCUUGCUUAUGCUGCCUUCUUUAAUUGGUUAUCUCCUUUGGAAACUGCCAUUAUGGGAAGAAAUGAUCACAUGGUCUCAUAUCUUCUUUCUAACAAUGUCUCGGUUAGCGAUCCAAACCGCCAUGGCUUCACUCCGCUAAUCACGUCUAUCAUUUAUGACAACGCUUCAGCAGCAGCACUGCUGCUUUGUUAUGGAGCUGACCCGGAUGCGCUGGUUACUGGCUAUAGAACAACAGGAGAACAGGUCGCAAUGGAUAUGAGGAGGAAGGAAAUUGCCCAAAUAAUAUUUUUUUGUGGAAACAUGAGUUCGUGCCGUCACUUUUUGGAUGGUGAUAGAAUUUGCUUCCCUUAUUUUAAUAAAUCAUUGACUUGGUGUUUUGCCAAGCAAUCGUGUCCGGUACGUAGUCUAAACUCAGCAAAGGCAUCGAUUCUUGGCCAGUCGGCUAUGUCGGAGAGUGCCACUGUCCACUGUUUCUCCUUUGUUCGAGCUUUAAUUUCGUUGCACCUUGAGGUCUGGAAUUCUCUUCUGAUUAAGGUCUUUAUUGUGUGGAAAGACAUCGGCCAGUCCAUGCAUUGCAAAAUCGUUGUCCCCUUCUCAGCAACACUUGAUGUCCGUGACUGUCUGUACCAAUUCGGCUAUGUUAUUGAUGAAGACAUUGAAAAGAGUGCAGCUUGUGACAGCUCCCUGUCAACAUUGAAAAGAGUGCAGGUUGUGACAGCUCCCUGUGGAAAAAAGAGUGCAGCUUGUGACAGCUCCCUGUGGAAGGCCUGUAUGCAGCUUGUGACAGCUCCCUGUGGAAGGCCUGUUUGUAAGACGCUGGGACAGCUCCCUGUGGAAGGCCUGUUUGUAAAAGAUUGGAUCCUAUAA